GUCAUGCGAGGACACGUUGGCUCGCAGCCGAGCCGGGAGACGAGUGAACUGCAGCGGCUGUCAACCGUCGUCCCGUGUCUUUCGUCGUUGCGCGCGCGACUCAACAUAUUUAAACAACUGCGGCGACGAACGGCUGCUUUUUUUUUUUUUUUUUUUGGGGCCAAAGUUUCCAACAUUUUUCCGAAGCACUCCGAGAGUCGCCGGGGAAUGACGUCACGACGUAUCACAUUGAACGAUGACGCCGUUUGAUCAUUAAAAAAAAAAAAAAAAAAAAACGGGGGAAAAAAAAGAAAUCGGCCGUUAAAAAAAAAACAACGAAAUAUAUAUCGGAGAAAUUAGGUCAGCUAACUGCGACGAGCGACAUAUUUAUUAUGAAUCUAAGUCGCGUGCGUUCGGUGAUGGAACUCGAACGAAGACGCUCACUCGGUGUGAAAUAACCUGCCGCCCGACGAGGACACACACACACACACACACACACACACACAGAGAGAGAGAGAUGUCCGGUGUUCGAGGCUCCAGCAGACGGGGGCCGUAGCCGUUGGACCGGUCCGUCUGCCCGCCGCCCUGCGAGCCCCGAGCGCAAACGUCCGCGCCGCGGUAGUCCCGGUGGCCACGGCGGGGGCGGACGUGCUUUAGCCCGGGAGAGGACGGAAGAAGGAGCCGCGCGACGAAACCCAGGAAUCCCUCGUCCUCGUCCUCGUCUAGACGAGCCGCGGAGCUACACGCCAUGCACGACCCACUACCUCAAAAAUAAACAGAUUGAUGACUGUAGCAUGUGAACACGACCACCAUGUGAGCCUCAGCACUACUGCCACAGAUCGUCUUUCACGCUGAGCAGAAGUAAAUAGGCUUCGGUUUUUGACGGGAUGUCGAGCCGCCGGAAAUCCACCACACCUUGCAUGGUGCUGCCCUCUGACGUGGUCGAGCAGGAAGAGGUGGUGGAGCCAACGGAGAGGACCAAGGAGGAAGAGGCAGAGGAAGAGGAGGAGGGGAAGGUGAAGAAGAAGGGAGCAGAGGAGGGGCCGACCGCAGAGGAGCUAGGUCAGGCUGUUGUGGUUGUCCCCACACCUCCGGAUACAGAUGAGCCCAGUGUCUCUGCUGUAGAAGACGGUGACCUUGACAGUGAACUUGAUCCGUCACUGAAGCACAGCGCCGCAAACCCUCCUGAGGAUCCGAGCGGCGAUCAGCCAACCCAGGAACAACAGAGCGAUGCUGCCGAGGAGGGGGGAGCAGACCCCGUGUCGGUUGCUGCCAUUUCCCUCAGUAAGACGCCCAUCAUGAGGUUGAAGACCAAAUCUGAACCCAAGAGGAUCGCCGUGUCGCUCAAAUCGGCGGAGGAGGCGUUGGACGGUUUCGGUGGAGGCAGUGAAGGGGAGGUGGGAGGAGAGCAGGAGCCCAUCGAAGCUCCCCUGGGGCACAUGACGCCCGUGGAGAUGCUGCUCCACGACGCCAUGAAGCUCGGAGGAGGUGGCAUGCUCGUCAGCCCGCCGUCGGAGCAGCAGAGGAAAACGUCCAUUUUGAACCCCACAGUUCUGCCUGCUGGCCUGGCACAGGUGCUGUCAGCUUUCCAGGCCCAGCAGAGUGCAGCAGCGGCGGCUCAGCCUCAGCCUCAGCUACUGAUUCCCCUCAGCAGCAUCCCAUCCUACAGUGCAGCCAUGGACACCAAUCCCCUGCUGGGCAGCACAUACAAGAAGUUUCCUUACCCCUCGACGGCCGAGAUCGGCAGCCUGGCAGCACAGACACAGUUCACAGAGGAGCAGAUCAAGGUAUGGUUCUCAGCUCAGCGGCUGAAGCACGGUGUCAGCUGGACUCCCGAGGAAGUGGAGGAGGCCAGGAGGAAGCAGUUUAACGGCACGGUGCACACGGUGCCUCAGACCAUCACUGUCAUACCCGCUCACCAGCUCUCCGCUGCGGCCAACGGCCUGCAGUCCAUUCUUCAGACCUGCCAGAUAGUGGGCCAGUCUGGCCUGGUGUUCACACAGGUCGGUCCAGGGGGGAACCUUCCAGUGACCAGUCCAAUCACGCUGACAGUGGCAGGACUGCCCAGCCAGUCCCAGAGCUCCAGCAGACUGUCCUGCCAGCCCACCCCAACAAGCAGUGAGCUGAAACGGGCAACCACUGUCCAGCCCCCCUCUCUUUCUCCACAGGAAAACUCGGCCCUCAGUGCUGACACAUUCAGUAUGCGGCCCAAGAAGUCCAAAGAGCAGCUGGCAGAGCUGAAAGCCAGCUACCUGAAAAACCACUUUGUCACUGACGCCGAAAUCUCCCGGUUGAUGAAGGUCACGAACCUGACAAAGGGAGAGAUCAAGAAAUGGUUCAGUGACACCCGGUACAACCAGCGCAACUCCAAGAACAGCCACGUCAUCGUUUUCCACGACGGAGGGGGUAGAGGCAGCUGUAGCAGUGCCAGCGCCACCAUUGUUAUUGACUCGAGCGAUGAUAACCCCACGUCUCCCCAUCCUCCCUGCACACCUCCUGUGAAGGAGAAGGAGACACGGCCAAAAACAUGGAACCCAUUCCCAGACUUUACUCUGCAGAAGUUUAAGGAGAAGACACCGGAGCAGCUGGUGGUGCUGGAGGAGAGUUUUGAGAAGAGCUGCAACCCGUCAGAUGACGAACUGAGCCGCAUGAGGACGGAGACUAAACUAACUAGGAGGGAGAUAGACGCCUGGUUCACUGAGAGGCGAAAAAUGCCAUCGGUCAGUACCUCCUCCCCGGACUCCUCCGAGGGAGGGAAGAUGGAAACAGAUGGAGCGAAAGCAGGAACAGGAGGGGCAACCUCUUCUUCACCCUCUGCCGCCUCGUCUCGCAGAGGGAGUCAAAGUCCUUCCGGAGGUCGCAGUAGGCAGCUGCCCACCACUAGCAGCAGCAAGAGAGACAUGAGAGAUAAAAGUAAAAAGACUCCUGAGCAGCUCCACAUUCUGAAAAGUGCCUUUGUGCGGACCCAGUGGCCCACACCAGAGGAGUACGACCAGCUGGGAGAGGAGAGCGGCCUUGCUCGGUCUUACAUCGUCAGCUGGUUCGGGGACUCUCGGUACUCCUGGAAGAACGGAAACCUGAAAUGGUUCUUUCAGUACCAGAGUGGUAAUGCAGAGGGCGCGAACCUGGGAGGAGGCCCGAAAAUGGGAAGCGCCAGUGGGAGAAAAAGACGCGGCCGGAACCGAGGCUGGGGUCGUUCCCGAACCAGGAAGCAGCCGAGAAGGUCUGCCUCCUGCAGCGCAGACACUGACAGAUCUCCCCCCGCAAAGAAGUUCAAGACCGGGAGGGAGAUCCUGAAGGAGUACUUCCUGAAGCACCGCUUCCUCAACGAGCAAGACCUGGAUGAGCUUGUCACCAAGACAAACAUGAGCUAUGAACAGGUGAGGGAGUGGUUUGCCGAAGUCCAGCGGCGCUCAGACAUGGGGGGAGAUCCCUUCCAGGAGUCGGCUGCCGGGAGGGCGGACACAGUCAAAGGAGUGGAGGCGGAGGGAGGGGAGACACGGGGAGAGGCGUCGGCGGCCGCAGAGGACCAGACUGGCGCUGCUGCUGCUGCGAUGGGAAAUGAAGAUGAUGAUGAAGAAGAUGAGGAGGAGGAUGACGCCGAGGAUACAGACGACAGUGAGGUUUGGGAGCCGUCACGUAGUGUCCGGAAAUCCUUGUCAGUUUCUGAGGACUGAAGAUUGUGGAAAGCACGUUGAGACAGUACAGAAUGUUACAGGAGGAAUCCUGGGAGGAUCAGUGCUGGAGGACAGUUAGCUGAACCAAGUCUUUUUUGCCACUGAAUUUCUUGUGUACACAUUUGCAACAUUAACUCACUGUUGUUGUUGUUUUUUAAACUAUUUCUGAAUCAUGUCUACAUACAACUAACAGAUGUACCAUGACUUUAGCUCACUCUCUCAAUACGCAUCUUAUUAACUGUAGUGUCACAAUUUGGACAAUAAUUGUGAUCAAGGAAGCGUUUUUAGCAAACUUUGCUAUAGAUUCGGGGAGAAAAAAGCAGUUACACAAUAUUUUGUCAAAACCAAUACCAUCACGUGCAUUCUUCAAGCUGAGCUUAAGAUGAAAACCGUAGACGUGAAAAAUAUGGUAUAUCCAGGUACAUCCAUACAUACUGACUGUUGUAAAUUUAACAGUUUCAAUCUCCAGCAUGCUCCUUGAUAAAAAAAAAAUUGCACUCCUUCAUUGCUUAAAUGAAGCCAAUAAGGGAGAUUUAUUCACACAGGUAUGCUGUAGUGUGUUAUGCUCUCUAAAAUUCAAACUUCUAUCCCCAGCGUUAUGAAUGUUUCAGUCAUGGUCCCAAACUAACUGCACACUGAAAAAAAGACUCAUCUGUUGUGUCCACACAAAGGUGCUUAAAGACUCAUCACUACUAGAUGUCACUGCUGAGCAAUCUCCCCAAUAAUGUCCAGCAUACAUCUCAUGGAGGAGCUGGUUGAUUUGACAUGUGACAGUAUCUUUUUUUAUAGCACCUGGGAAGAUGACGGCGUGGACCAGGUUGUUUGAGCUGGAACUAUUGGAUUGAUGAUGAUAUUGUUAAUCCGGUGUGUUAUCUCUGCGGGCUGAAGGCCUAAGGAGAAAAGUACCUUAAAGCUGAAUGAAUGCCAAAUGCCAUGAUGCUUUUAAAUAACGCAGGAUGUCUGCUCCAGUCUUCCCUUUAUAGUGGCUCAUUGUUCAUUAAUACUAGUACUAUAGAUUUUUAAGUGAACACCUACAGACCUGCUGGAGGAUUUCCACGGUACGUCUGUAAUAUGCACUGCUAUUGAUGUUUUUUAACAAACCUGUCACCUUUUUGAUAGAACUCAUCCUGUGCUAUCAGAAACUUUUUAGAGGAGGUUGUGUCAAUUCAGAUAGUUUGAGGUUUUUUGUGCCAAAGCUGAAUGUUUGAGCAGUGAGCUACAGUUUGAAGCAGAGGCACAAAGUUUGUGAAUGAAAACGAUGGACACUGUGAGGCAGACAUCUGGGUCCAAUGAAAUCAUAAACAAAACAAUAGGAAUAUAUUUCGCCGCAGCAUUUCAGUUAGAGUUUGCUCGUGGCGGGGUUUCUGAUUGGAUCGAUGGGAUGGACUGAAUUUUUAAGAAGGGGAGAAAUGCAAGCACCAGCUGCAGCUCCGUUGUGAGUUUAAAGUAAAUCAAUCCGCAUGUUAUCCCCUCGACAAGACUUCUAUCAACACCAAAUCACCGACACUUUGCCUUUAGGUUUGGGCUCAUGUCAAAAAUGAGGCCUGCAAAUCAUUGUCAGUCCUGACCCACAAUUUAAGAAGCACUGUUCAACAGUAUUUGAAAUAAUAAUUUGACUCCCAAUCUGCACUGAAGAGGAGAACGAGAAGCACCUAAACUAAUCUUUUAGAAAUGCACUUUGUCCACUUGAGUUCACAGUGAACUAAAUCCUGAUUAGGCACCUUAAUCUCUUAUUGCACCACGAAAUGGCUCUGAGAGACCAAAUCUGUUUUGUAUUACUAAGAACUGAAGCAGUAUUUAGCCUUUUUUUUUUUUAAUCCUUUGUGUGUUUUCAAGGGGAGGAAUAGUAUCAAGUUGUCCACUUUUCUAAUAAUGUGUUAUUUUCAUAACCCUCAUAUGGCUCAAAAAAAAACUAGUAGAACAAUCACCCACGAUUUCUUUUGCUAAAUUGCACAAUUUGAGGCCAGGUUUUUAAUCAUCUCUCCUUUUGAAAAUGCACAUGUGUGUACGUGUUGUUAUGCUUGUACUGUUGCUUUGAAUCAUGGGAAUUGUCUCCCAUCUCUCCUUCUCUGCUCUCACAUGCCCCCGUCUGACUCCACCACUCUCAUCCAGGCCACCUUUGUAAAAUAAAUGCCCAUGGAUUUCAUUCGCACUUCCCGACACAUGUUUCUGUAAAUGUUAGCGACGCCCUGUUGGUUCCCUGCCUCGUCAAGUUGUCUCCAACACCGGCAGACUGACGGACAGGGCCAUAUUCACACGUUCAAAAGACUGAAACCGUUCAGAAAAAAAUCCAAAAGACAUUCUUGGAAAAUUCACUUUCUCUAUCGUGGAGUGAAUUGUGAUGCCUGAAGAAACAGCACAGCAGUUCCCUCAGCGGUGGGAAUUCUACCAAAUAACGCUCCUCUUUCCGACUGUUUUCUUCGAGCUUUACCUGCAUUAAGAGGACAACAGACUGGAAACGGCCUGGACCACAGACCUUUUAUUGACACGGGGAGGGACUCUUGAUGAAGCUUUGCAGAUAAACCUAUGUGCCUCCAUGGCUCAUAUACUUGUUUGAACAAAAUUUCACCCUAACUCUCGACAAAAGAAGGUGGAAGAGUAUGUGAAUGCUUUGGAAAUGAGAAAACUGUGAGAGUGAUUCUUAAAGAGAGGCUUGUUCAAACCAAGGUGUGAUGCAUGACCCAGCUCUGCUUUUCUUGCUGAUGCUAAAAGAUGCCUAAAUACUCUGAAGUUGACAUUGGAAACUUCUGUGGAAAGUCCUUAAACCUUGGUGUUUGGAAUGGUAUUGUGUUUCCUUAACAAGCACUUGUCACACACUACACGUUGGCACCACUUGAGCUACAAAAAAUACAUUUAAGCGUUAAACUGACGUUAUAAAGUGACAAGUGCCUUGCAAUGAAAAACAUAACAUUCAAAACGUCAAGAUGCACCUUUUGUCUAAUACUGCAUGCAAUAACCAAGACAAACAACUGCUCAUUUUGUACAUACAGUAUUUUGGGUUGGUAUACUUGGCACAGUGGAGGCCUAAUCGAGGAUUUCAGUUUUGCGUUGCUUUAAUAGUAUCAGUUGCAUUUCAGUCAACACAUUGACUGCAACCAUGGACCUAAUUUUUUCUUUUCUUUCAAAAUGGAUUUCAAACUGUUUUUAAUCAUUGACUUUUGAACCGUGCAGUCGAGUCUCGUCGCUCUUGGCGCCUUUGCCAGACUUCUUCGGUAUCUAGCUUCGUUUUGAGCAACAUUUUGAAAGUCCUUAGCUUUGAAUUUAGUUUUCACCGCAAUUGUGAUAUUCUUUGACGGACAUGUUGUGCCUAUUUGUAACAGUUUAUACUUCAUGUGCUAAUUUUUAUUUUAUUUUAUUUUAUUUUUUACAAAUGCUACAAAAUGGCUUUUGCCACAAUUGGCUUCUUUGAGUUCCCAGAUUAGGCUUAAUCCUGUGUCCAGGUAUCCAGCCCACAGUCUUUUACAGUGUGCUCCUUCUUUACUGUAGUCGGUCUGAACUAUAUUUUGUAUGUUUCUAUCUAUGACAACUGUGUCAUCACAAGUCUAUCCAGACGUCAGUGGAUUUGCUUGGUAACAAUACUGACCCAUACAAUAUGUACAACAGUCGUGUUUUGUUUUUUUUAAUAGAACCUGUUUCAGCUAGUGUUGCCUGAGUAGCUUUUUUUGGGUUGCAAAACAUAUAGAAUCAGAACUCAGUUGAAAAGACUUCACAAAUCACCUAAAGGAGAUUUAUUAUGCUUUUUUUUAAAAAGCAUAAAAAAAAAAAAAAGCAGUUUUUCCCUUUUCUCUAGUGUGUUAUAUAUAUAUUUUUUGUGCAUGUAAAAGGUCUGCAAAGUUAAAAAGCCCAAAGUAAAGGGAGCUCCUCUCCCGCACAGAAAACGCUGCUCAUGAAGCUCCUGAAUUUCCACGUCAGUGGUCCGGUUGAUGCUUCCGUAACAUCAUGAUGUCACAAUGUCACGCAGGUGCAUAAGGCAUAACCUAUUGGCUCGCGUGGAGGCCAACACUUCCCACGUGCACUGGAAGUUUCCCUAGAAAUAAAGCCAGCGUGACUUAUAUUCAAGAACUCACGUUUUUCAAAUGUUUCCCCCCAGGUCUGUUGAGGUGUCUUUUCUCUGAGUUAUGAUUUUAUAUCUUAUCUCUCCAUGUAUUCCAGUUAUUCUUGUGCAGUAGAGCUACGAGCUAAUGUUGUGGUGGGAGUAGUUUACCUGCUGUCCUAUUAUACUCAUGUCAUAACUGUACCCUUUGCCGCACUUCUGCUUAGUCCUCACUUGUUUUCUGUACUUAGACAAGUAGUUGGUUGAAUGUUUCUUAUGCAAUCAGAGAUUCAAAUGUUUUCACUAUAUAGCAGCUAGCUUUUUGGUAAAAAACAAAACAAAAUGCAUUUUGUCAAAAUUGUAAUACACUGUACAUAUGAAUUGAGAUUUGUUUCUUUUUCUCAUUUGCUUGGUUGACUUUUCCACCUUCUGGUUUUUCUGAUCUAAUUUUGAUCUACUGACAUUUUUUACCCCAAGUUUAUGCUUCUAAUCGGCUUGAUUUCCUUUUAACCCUAAACUGUACCAGUUUUCUCCCUGUUCCUGCUUCAAUACAGCUCCAGACCGUUCCAGUGAGUGAUGACAGUGAUCUCUCAGCUCCUGUAUUUCUAAGUAACAGUUGGUUCCAUAGACACAGAUACAGUAGGAAGAACACAAUGAUCCAACUUCAUACUCUGCCAUGAAAUCUUAAAUUUACACUGCCAAUAUAAAAUUAUGUUACUGCUGACUUAAACUGAUGUUUAGUCUCUUCGACCUGUUUUGUUGUUUAUUAUUAUGAUUAUUUUUUUCAUAAGCUGUGACCUUGAACUGGUGCACUUAACCCAUUACAGCUGAUCGAUGACUAGAUGAUGGGGAGGGGGUUUGUGGGAAUUACACCAACGUCCUUGAGGAUGCAGGCAGAGUGUAGCCUGUGGGACCCAGACGAAUUCUGUCGGUUCUACAACCUUCAUGAUCAAACUCCUCAUCCAAAACAGAUCAGUUUUCUGUGUCUAUGGAAGUGACAUUUCCAUCGGGUCAUUUCUGCACUUUGCCUGUACGUCAUGAAAUGUGUUUAAAAACUGAGAGUAUCUGUCAUAAAGUUUGAUUAAACAUGGUGUGUAUGUGCGAUGGCCUCUGCAGGCUUUGCUCUAUAGAGAGCUGAAGAGAUUCUUUAUGGCCCCUUGUGUCAUCAACUUGAAGCGACCAGCUGUGACGCAGACAGUUUGUGCAAUGUUUAUUAUUUACAAUCCUGGCUGUUACUGGGGAUCUGGCUUGAUUUUUAGCUUGAUUUAAAAAAAAAAAAAAAAAGAUUUAUAUUUUAUACUUGUUUGAGGACAAACCCCAAUAAAUUUUGAUCAAAAGAUG